CAUCUAAAUUUAUUUGAAAUACAAUUUCUGUACAAAUAUUUUUACAAAAUCUAAUUUCCAAAAUUUUCACAACACAACGACACAUAACCGAAACCAAAAUUAGCAUGUAAGAGUCGCAAAAAUAACUGUAAAAUUAGUGUAGUGGUUCGCGAAAAGCCUGCGUGGUAGCCUUCAGCAGAAAAUAUGCCUUCAAAAGCUAAGCAUAUUAACGCGAAGCGCAAGCCGGUCCAAAAGCGCGACGAUGCGCACAGCACACGUGGGGAGAAUGAGGUGCGCGAACUCUGGUUCAACCCGCAAGCAACCAAAAUAUGCGACUCGCAUAUGGCCAUAUGUGCGUGUGACUGCGAUUGCCCCAUUUGGCAAAAUGAAAAUUUGCAACUAGAGCUUCAGAAAUUGGUAAAUAAGUACUCGCACAAGGGCACAGCGGGAAUGAAGCUGUGCCCUUGUGCGAGAGAGGAAACGCAAAUAAAAACGAAAGCGAAAGCUAGAGAGGAAGCGAAUGAGGCAGCCAAAGGACUGAACACGAAACGUUCGCGCAGCAAGCAAAGAGAAGGAAAAGAACAAAGAAAAAGGCAUGCAUCAAAAGAGAAUGAGAAUGCGAAAACAGUGCAUGAAAAGAGCCGAAGUCGCAGCCGUAAUCGACCGUCGCCCGUUAAUAGAAAAUUUAAAACGCGUGAGGAAGCUAAACGUUACCGCGAACUUAAAGCAAUUUAUACCACAAAACCUCAAGAAUCUGCAUCCAGCGCUAGGCAGAAUGAAAAUGAAACAAAAUCUAGUCGCAAAAAUCAGAAUGAACGCGGAGGACACAUCACAAAAAGCACUGAAUCCGUAACUAUGGCCGCGCAGAGACCACAUACACCACGCAAGCCUGUUGGGCGAAAUAAAUCAAAAACGAGAUCACCCUUAAGCACUGACUGCGGUUGUCCAUGCGAUGUGGAAGAAAGAGACCAACCCAAGGAGCACGAUAGAGAAACUGAGGUUGGCUGUUGCGGAAUGUGUAAGAAAUCGAAAGCUGAUAAACGACAGCGGGAAUAUGAGGCCUACACACCCACACAGUGCCCUGCAAAACACACUCGCAUGCCAAAUCGAGAGGCAGAAUUCGCGCACACAGCUGACGAAGCGGAGCUACUGGAAAUACUAAAAGCGACUUAUACACGCGAAGUGAAACCAAAACCAGCACCUCCACCUCCACCGCCGCCGGACACAACAAGAGAUGAGGAAACGGGCUGUUGUGGCUCGAGCUCUAAAAGGAAACAGCAGCAGUCAGAGGCAAAUUUAUAUGAUCAAUAUAGAAGUUAUGAGUGCAGUUGUGGGGAUAAUUAUCCCCAAGAAUUCGAGCCACACCAGCCAAUGGAAGAACAUACCUCCAAAAAUAUUAAACAAACCAGAAACAGGACGCCAGAACAAAAAUCUAGCGAAACUUUAGCUUCGGCUAAAUUACAUAAACAACCGAAUACUAAAGCUAGAGGAGGGAAGGUCGCUCCGCCAGUUCCUCCAAAGUACGCACCCAGAAAGAUAAAAUCUGUGGAAUCAAAUGCGAAGCAUAAAAAUAAACUUGAUAAAAGCCAAUCAGAUAGUACUGUCUACGCUUCUAAACGAAAACCGAAGAACGUUAAAGACACGGAAAAUAAGAACGCGCCAGAAGAUUAUGAUUCGGAUAAAAUGUCGUGUCCGUGUCGUUUAUGUCGUAUGAAACAAAAGACUGAAGACGAUAAACCAGAAGCAGAAGCAAAGACGAAUAAGAAACGAAAAAGUCCACCUGCAGCUGCAAGUUUGUCUCCGACUAAAAACCAAAAGCAUAAGCAACAAGCCACAAAACCUGAGCCAAAACCCGAUCGCACACCAAAACACCAGCGAUACCCUACGAAUUAUAAACCACAAAAAGCCGAUGGCAGAAAGGCUAGGCGACGAAAUAGACCGGCCUUUCAUCCUAAACCUGAGUCGCAAACAAAGCCAGCUACAAAGAAAGCAAAAACUUCAUCCAAACAAGCAGACAAAAGUUCCUUGAAUAAGGAUGAAAACUCAGAAACGUCUUUAUGUUCUUGUUUAAGAAAGAAAAAACAUGUCGAAGAUAGCAACAUUAGGGAAAAGAGCCAUAAAACUGCCAAACCUAAAGCAUAUGUUGGUACGAAAAAAAGACCAACAAAAGACGAAAGGCGCGAAAAAGCUCGAACGGAAAAGCCCAAGAAAGUACAACGGAAACCUUCACAAACACGAAGUCAAGGAAAAGUUCAAAGGGAGAAGCGAACACAGCAAGCUUCGAAAGCCAAAAGUCGGGAAAAACUGGAAAAGGAACCAUCAGAAACGUCGUGUUGGUCUUGUUUUAAGAAGGAUAAAUCAGACAAAACUAAAAAGGAACCUUCAAAGAGAAAAAGUGCAAACAAAAUGCACAGUGAAAGGCCACAACGCGAUUCCAAACAGAAACCCUCAAAGACGAAAAGUAGGGAGAAACUUAAGAAAGAAAAGUUAACUAAACAUACUGAUUCUAAACAGAAGACUUCAAAGUCCAAAAGAAAAGAAACUCUUGAAAAGAAACAAUCCGAAACAUCUUGCUGGUCUUGUCAUGCAGGUGAUAAAAGAGAUAAGGCAAAGAAAGGGGAUGCAUCUAAUAAGCGACUCUCAAAGUCCAAAAGUCAGCAAAAUAUUCAGAAGGAUAAACCAAUGAAAAGUGGCGAUGCUAAACAAAAACCCGCAAAAGCAUACAAAAGAGAGGAUAGAAGUAAAAGAAAAUCAUUGGUGUACAUUAUUUGUUCGUCCUGUCGUUCUAAUGACAAAAAGAAGAAAACAAAGAAAUCGGAUCAACCUAAAAAAUGUACUACAUACAGCAAAAGUCAAGACAGCAAACCAAUAGCCAAGGGUCCGACAAAAGUUCAAAAGGAUAAACCAAAGAAAAGUGGCGAUGCUAAACAAAAACCUUCCAAAGUUAAAUGUCAAGAAAAUGUUCAAAAGAAAACAUCCGAGACGUCCUGUUGGUCUUGUCGUUCAAAUAAAGAACAAGAUAAAAGGAAACCGUCCAGAACCAAGAGUCAAGACUGUGUUCAAAAGGAUAAGCCUAAAAAGCCAACUGAUUCUAAACAAAAACCUUCGGAUGCGAGAAGCCAAGAAAAACUUAAAAAGAAGCCUUCGGAAAUAUCGAAAAGAAAAAGCCAAGACAAAAUUCAAAAGGAUAAGCCAAAGAAACAAACUGAUGCUAAACACUGUAAACCGUCGAAUGCUAAAAGUCAAGAAAAAGUGAAAAAGCAGUCCUCGGAAACAUCAUGUUGUUCUUACCAUUCCAGUGGUGAGAAAGGUAAGCCAAAAAAAACGGUUGAAUCUAAGAAGAAACCAUCGAAAAGUAAAAGUCAAGACAAAGUUCAAAGGGAUAAGUCAGUUGAUACUAGACAAACACCUUCGAAAUGUAAGAGUCAAGAAAAAGUGCAAAAACGAUCAUCCGAAACAUCUUGUUGGUCCUGCCAUUCCAGUGGGGAGAAAGAUAAAGCAAAGAAACCAUCGAAAAGUAAAAGUCGGGGCAAAGUUCAAAAAAGUAAGUCGAAAGAGUUGGCUCAGUCUAAAGGUACUAGCCAUGAUAAGGUUCCUAACAAUAGAAUUAGGAAGUUGAUAAAACCCACUGAAAGAGCCACAAAGGCCAAAAGUCAAGAAAAAAUGCAAGCGCAAACAAAGACACAGGCUUCAAAAGCCAAAAGCCAAGAGAAAGUACAAAAGAAAACGUCUGGAACUUCCUGUUGCUCGUGUUGCUCAAAAAGAACAGGUGAUAAGGAUGAUUCUAAACAGAAAUCUUUGAAAAGUAAACAAAAAGAAGACGUCCAAAAGAAACCAACCAGAAAGUACAGUUUGUUUUCGAAAGGACCUAAAAAAGAAGAAAAAGAAGAAAGAUCCAAGGAUAAGACCUCACCCGAAAGUUCUGUACGAGAAGAUCAUGCAAAAACGAAAAAGACUAAAAACGCGAAAGGUUUUAAAACCUCUGACACAACGUGCUCUUCGUGCUGUCGUAAACCAUCUAAGGGCAAUGUCAGGAGUUCGCUAUGGGGUCUGGUUAUGAAGACAGAACAAGUCGAAGAAAAAGAUGAAUGUGCUGUUAAAACGAAACAGGAAGAUAUGUCCUACUGCAAGGCGCUCUAUCAAGAAUUAGAAAACAUAAUCAUACAACAAAACCAAUGUCCAAAAAAUAUUUCACAGACUGGAACAAACAAACCCGCAGCAGUGAAGACAUCCAAAUCAAGUCUAAAAAGUAAGCAGAAGAAACAAGGUCAACAAAAGCAAAUGGACGAAAAGUCUAAACGAAAUACCAAUGCAAAUAAACAAAAAAAUACAAAGUCCGUACGAUGUGAGCAGUCUGACAGCGACCUAGACAUGGAUAAGGCUUAUAUGCCAGAAUAUGUGCUGGGGAAACCACAACGAAAUGGCGCAGUUGUCGCGCGAGCGCGGAAGGUGCGGUACAGUAUACUACCAAGCGUCAAGGCACGGAAAAAAUUUUACAGAAAAUAUUACAAAGAAUGUAGGCACGUAGUUGAUUUUCAAACUUAACGGACCCAACCACAUUUGACGAGUGACUAAAAAUGUCCACACAUAGAUCAGUCUCGUGUGAGAUGUAGUUGUGACGUUAAUUUGGUGAAUGCCUUAUUUGAAGAGGGAUAAGGCUAUUGUGGACUUCUUUUAAUAUUUUUGUUUGAAUUAUGUAAUUUUUUGUACUAAUAAUGAACGCGUCUAUUUUUCAUAAACAAUUCA